CCGGCUGCAGUGCAUUGUGGGGCGGCGCGGCGUCAGACGCCAUGAUUCUUUUUAGCUGGAGCAGAAAAUGGAUGCUUCAUGCUAACUAGUUACUUGAACGAGUAUCUUGGGACCCAUUCAGUGUAGCAUUGACUGACCCUCACAGAUACUGAACUAAGCGGGUCCACAUCUCUACACAUGUUUGACCCCUCUGAUUACACGCGGAAUCGUAGAGCAACUACAUGACGAAACUCUCGCUGUUGAAGUCAAACUGAGUUAGCAAGCUGGCAUGCUAACCGGGUUGCCAACAUUGAGCUAGCUAGCCUGAGAGGCUAACACGAGAAUGAUCGCUGGCUGGACAUACAAGUGAACGCACUGCCUCUUGCUCAGUGAACUUACAGAGGUAUAAAUCGGACCAAAGGCUACACCACAAGGUAUGGCCUGGCUUUGAUUUGGACGGUGCAGGUGAUGGCAGCAGGGACUGGUACUGGCGACAUGCCCUCUUUUGAUCCGAGUCCUACUUCUGAAGCAAAAAAGAGACCUAUUUCUUCUGAUGGAAGAGACGAGCCCAUGAGGAAAAUGCCUGUUUCGAAAUUUGGCUCCAGACCUCGAUUUGAGCCUGUACACUUUGUCAGCAGUGGAAGUAGUGGGGGUACCGGAGCUGACGAGAAGGAGAAUGACAAAGAGGGCAGGAGGAGUGAGGGGUACGGAACGAGACAGUGGGACUCUGACUCCUACAGUGGCACAGGCAGAGCCCAGGGCUCCUCCUCCUUGAGGCCUGCUUUUGACAGAGUGCCAUCUUACAGCUCAGACUCUUGGAGUUCCCACAGGGACAGGGAUCGAGACAGAGACCGAGAGAUAUUUGCAGGUGAUACAGGUGGGUUGGGUUAUGGAGGACACGGAUCAGGUUCAAACUUCAUGUCAAAAACACAGCAGGACUACAUAGUCAAGUAUGAAGCCCACAGCUCUCGGAAUGCGGAUGCUUACACUCAGACCCACAGAUACAAUGGCUACGGGGGAGGGAGCAGAUCAGGAGGCUGGGAUUCAGGGCGGCAGGGUUUGGGGUACGGUCAUCAGGACCGGCCCCCAUCGAGCAGACCGUUCUGCAGAGUCUACAACAGUCCGGGCAGGAGCAGUCCCACCACUUCUCAGUUGGGCUCUACAUCACAACCUGUUCCCAUAUCUCAAUCAAUAAUGGACGAGAAGCAACGGCUGAUUGCUAGUGUAGCGUCUGCAUUAGUUGUUGCUUUUAGGGACCCUAUGUUCAUCACUGGGAGUGACAUGCCGAACUAUAAUUUCAUGCUGAGCCGCAGCAUUCAGGCUUGCAAGACUAAUCCUGAGUAUAUUUAUGUCAAUUUAAAAGACAUUCCUCUUGCUGACCUGCCGAAGAACAGGAAAGUGCCAACAGACGGUUAUGCCUGUGAACUGAGAUGUCAGGGAGUUUAUCUUGCUACGGGAUACUCUGGGAGUAAAAACGGGGCGAGGGACCGGGCCUCUGAGCAGGCCGUAAAACUCUUUCUGAAACAGGUUGAGGUUCGUGUGGUGCAGCGCAGAUACAGACACUCUAUGGUGAAUGACAUUGUCGUGUGCCAGAUGCACAGCCCGACGCCAGGCUUUUUACCCGCCCUCCGCAACCCAGAGGAUAAACCGACACCCAGCUCGAAGGGCCAAUAUGAGCCUGACAGAAGGAAGCACUGGACCGAGUUUGUGGUCAUGGACAAUGCUCACGACGCCAUCUGCAUACUCAACAAUUCUGCAGCUUUUAAUCGCAUGAAGAUUGACUAUAAAUUCGACCCCCUCCCCAACAGCAGCUUUUGGCUGUGCAGUGUUUACCUGCAGGAUGAGCUGGUGGCACAGGCAAACGGCUCGAAAAAGAACUCGAAGCACGCAGCAGCUGAAGAGGCAGUCAAGAAACUUCGCAUGAAUCAGGCGCAACGACAACAAUCCCACAGAGGAAAUCAAAUCGAUUCUGGUCGCUUUGGGCAACACAGUGUGAAAAAGAAGCAUCUGAGUGAGCUGGUGAUUCUGGAAAACUCUGACAAUGCAAUCUGUAUUAUUAACGACACAGCUCAGUUCAACAAAGUGACUGCUGACUACAAGUUCACGGUUUUACCUGAUCACCGCUGGAGGUGUGAAGUUUACUUGGAGGCACAGUUUGUGGCAGCAGGAAUCGGGCCGAAGAAAUUAGUGAAGCACAUCGCAGCAAAAGAAGCUUUAGCCACUUUGAGGCAGACGCAAGCAGUGGUCAAAUCCAACCUGAGAAAGGAGGGCCACAAUGACGCCAUUUCCCGCUCUCAGAUCCUGGCUCGGUCUGGUGAGGAAGAGAGGCAGGAGAUAAAGGAAGACAACAUCGGAAACCAGCUGCUUCGCAAGAUGGGCUGGAAAGGAGGCGGUCUGGGCCGUGACGGGGAAGGAAUCGCCGAACCAAUCAGAGUAAAGGAGCAGUUCUCCAGAGAGGGGUUGGGAAUGGACACAGACAAAACCGGAAACCAGCUCAGCAAACGAGAUAUCGAGGACAUCAUUCGAAACUACGCCAGCUCGGACCGACAGGACGAUCUCCGCUUCUCCACCGACCUCACCAACGACGAGCGAAAGCAGAUCCACCAGAUAUCUCAGAAGUAUGGCCUGCGAAGCAAAUCAUACGGACAGGGUCGACAACGGUUCCUUAUUGUCAGUCGCAAAGUACACAAAGACCAGCUCAUUGGUCAGCUAUUACAGGAAGGACAGGUGGGGCGAUACGAGCUUGUGAAACCUCAGGCCUCUCACUAGUUUGCAUGAAACGCAAAAUAAAAAAAGAUCAUCAACUUGGACUUCAGAGUAAAGUACACCCAAGUGUUACUGCUUUAUUUGUGUGUGACAUAUGUAACAGAUUAAUUACAAGAUCCUUCAGUUGUCACCUGUGGUUUCUGCAUUCCUUUGCCAUGAAAUGAUCUGAAGCUUUGGCAGGGGCUGUUGGAGGAGUUGUCUUUUUUUUUUGUCUCCUCUCAUUCCAUGUCCUUCAUCUGUUUCACUUCUGCACAAGCUUGCAAUCAGUGCUUUUUAUCAUUUCCUGAUGAUCCUCCAAUAAUUUAAAGAUUCAAAAAAACUUCAGUAGGUUUUUGGCACCAAAAUCCACCUCGUUGUGGCCGUUAGGAACCUGGCAGAUUAUGCAGCUUUUUACUGCUUGUUUGUGAACAUUGUAGACAGUUGAUUCUUUAAGACAAGGAUUAGAGGCAUUAUCGUCAAACUGUAGCUAGAUGUACCAGUCUCACUGUAGUCUCUAUUCAGCAAUACCUGCUAUGUUGUUAACACCUGGAGAUCAUCGUACAAGCUGCAUCCAUGAUAGGAAAAUCAAAGCUGUGAUCUUUGUUUAAUGUCAGAUGUGCUGAUUAAUGUGAGUAAAGUUAACUUGUCUGCUUGUUUUCACAGAUGUAAAUACUGAAUAAAUUAAAACAAAUAACCAUCAACAGCCUGAA